AUGAGGAGCCACUGUUUGCUGCUCCUGCUGCUGGCCCUGAGGUGGCGGUCGGCCUUGGCUGUCAUCCCAGAGGAAGAGGAGGACCCCGCCUUCUGGUACCAAAAGGCCAAUGAGGCCCUGGCUGGCGCCAGGAAGCUGCAGCCCAUCCAGACGGCAGCCAAGAACCUCAUCCUCUUUCUGGGCGAUGGGAUGGGGGUGCCCACGGUGACAGCCACGCGGAUCCUGAAGGGGCAGCUGAACAACAAGCUGGGGCCCGAGACCCCCCUGGCCAUGGACGAAUUCCCAUACCUGGCCCUGUCCAAGACAUACAACGUGGACAGGCAGGUGCCCGACAGUGCUGGCACUGCCACGGCAUUCCUAUGCGGGGUCAAGGCCAACUUCAAGACCAUCGGCCUGAGUGCAGCUGCCCGCUAUAACCAGUGCAAGACCAGCCAUGGCCAUGAGGUGCUCUCAGUGAUGUACAGGGCCAAGCAGGCAGGGAAGUCUGUGGGAGUGGUGACGACCACGCGGGUACAGCACGCCUCGCCUGCCGGCGCCUACGCACAUACAGUGAACCGCGACUGGUACUCAGAUGCCGACAUGCCUGAAUCAGCACGGCAGGAGGGUUGCCAGGACAUUGCCGCUCAGCUCAUCUCCAACAUGGACAUCGACGUGAUCCUGGGUGGGGGCCGCAAGUACAUGUUCCCCAAAGGGACUCCGGACCCUGAAUACCCAUUCCAGAGUGGGACCAGGUUGGAUGGACGAAAUUUGGUAGAGGAAUGGCUGUCAAAGCAUCAGGGGGCCCGCUACGUGUGGAACCUUACAGGGCUCCAGCAAGCCUCUGCGGAUGCCAGCGUGACCCACCUCAUGGGUCUCUUUGAACCCUCAGAUAUGAAAUAUGACAUCCAGCGGGACCCGAGGCAGGACCCCUCCCUGGUGAACAUGACAGAGGCUGCCAUCCGUCUGCUCAGCCGGAACCCCCUGGGCUUCUACCUGUUUGUGGAGGGCGGCCGCAUCGACCAUGGUCACCAUGCGAGCACAGCUUACCUGGCGCUCACCGAGGCCGUGGUGUUUGACAGCGCCAUUGAGCGAGCAGGCCAGCUCACGGAUGAGCAGGACACGCUGACCCUGAUCACCGCCGACCACUCCCACGUCUUCUCCUUUGGGGGCUACACGCUGAGGGGCAGCUCCAUCUUCGGCCUGGCCCCCACCUUUGCCCAGGACGGCAAGACCUACACCUCCAUCCUGUAUGGCAAUGGUCCUGGCUACGCACUCCGUGCUGGUAACCGCCCCAACGUCACUGAGACCAACAGCAAUGACCCUCACUACCAACAGCAGGCAGCCGUGCCCCUGUCGAGUGAGACACACGGUGGCGAGGAUGUGGCACUGCUGGCGCGUGGGCCACAGGCGCACCUGGUGCACGGGGUGCAGGAGCAGAGCUACGUGGCGCAUGUCAUGGCCUUUGCUGCCUGCAUUGAGCCCUACACCGACUGCGGCCUGCCACCCCCCGGCGGACACACCAGCGCAGCGCACCCGGGAUCCACCACAGGCCCUUCACUUUGGUUGCUUUUGGGACUGGGCCUUUAUCUAGGGUCGUUGGUGCACUGA